AUGCCUUUCUUUUCAGCCGGUUACCCAGACCUCAGCGCCGCGUACCUGUCAAGCGGAGGCGCCUCGUGGCCUUCGUCUGCGUUCCCGCUCAGUCCAGCGGUGUCUUCGGUGGAAGCAGCCCUUGCUGGUCCCGUACAGCACCAGCACUCAGCGCAGGCACCCGUCCUGCCCCUGAGCCCUUCGGCGGCGGCCAGCGACGCUCUGCAGGCAGGCCGCGAGCUGCGCAAGGCGCGGCGUAACCGGACCGUGUUCACAGAGGGCCAGUUGAUGGGCCUCGAGCGGCGCUUCGACUCGCAGAAGUACCUGUCCACCCCCGACCGCGCCGACUUGGCGCGGGUGCUGGGACUCACGCAACUGCAGGUCAAGACCUGGUACCAGAACAGGCGCAUGAAGUGGAAGAAACAGGUGAUGCAGGGCGGGUGCGCGGUGCCGCCGACGAAGCCCAAAGGCCGCCCCAAGAAGAACUCCAUCCCGUCCCUCGCCCAGUGCCAGCAGGCGCAGCGGCAGCUCGCCAUGGCCGCCGCCUCUGCACGGCAGCCAGCCACGGACAGCAUGGCGUCCUUCGAGACACGAAACGGCUAUACUGGAUGAAACGACCCCGACAUCUAGAGCAGUGGUUACUCUCAAACUCAUAGUCGUCAUGGAGGCCAUUCCCGCGCAUAGGUCAGAUGCCAUUGAACAAGACUUCUUUCUAUAAUGCCGAGGCAUUCACAGAAAUACAAGUAUCAAAUUCGGAGUUGAAUUACGAUGAACGUGUUAUGUUAGAGUCUUUCAGGGUUACGUUCAAGGUAAAUCACACGGCUCUUCUAGUCAACGAUCAGUGAGAAAAGUGACGCUGCGUACCGUAGACGAUGGUUCUCACUUCGGGUUCGAUUGAAUGCAGUCGCAAGGUCACUUUACAUUCAACCAUCUUUACUGUAUCCUAUUUCAUGUGGCGUAAUACGGAGAUCGUCUCCUCGCAGGCUUAGGUCUGAGCCACUCAGCCGUCAAACACCCCAUCCCCGUCACCGUCAUGACACCAGCAUCCGUCAUGAGACAGCGUUACCUAGCAGGUUCCUGCUGACAAAUGGGACGCCGGCGACGUUAGGAUCACCAGCCAACGUCACCGGCGGGCCAUUUUAACAGCGGAGCUGUUUAAGCCGGAGGUUGGCCCGUAUAACGCAGACCAGAAAUUGCGCCUGGCGAUGAAGACACCGCGCGUUGCCUAGCCACAACUUGGCCCAGCUGCGCCUCGCCUCGCCGCCGCUCCGCGCCGCCGCGCCGAGGUGCUACGACCGCGCACCUGCUCCGUCUGACAGCCAUGGCGUCACUUCGCGUCGCCUAGCAACCACAUGUGUCUCGCUUCGCCUAGACAUGUCAACGCUUCGCCAGGCCGCGUCUUGAAGUGCGUCGUGCGACCAAGCGAGAAUCUGCGCGUCGGCGGCGAGCCGAUCCGGAAUACCGUGCCGAAGCUGCA